CUUGUGAACAGAUGGAGUCAAACUGGAAAGUUUUGCGAACAGAUGAGGUGAACAUGGAAGGUGUUGAGAAGAGCCGGGGUCAAAAAGGAUGGUUUUCAGAAGAGACGCAGUCGAAUGGUCCAAAGGACGGUUGUCAAAAGAAGCAGUGGGUAUUGAAGGUACACGGCUUAAAAAACAAGUACUUGAUGGAACGAAUGGGUGUCCGUUUGCCAGCCAGUUCCAAGGCGAUGAGCUGGUUGAUUUGCAAGUGGCUGGUCUUCACGAAGGUGAGAUCACCCUUUUGCUGGCAGCAGAAGAGGAGGAAGAGAAGGAGUUGGAGGACAUUGCAGAUGCCCAAGCAAAGGGCGGCAAAGGUGCCAUCAAGGGUACCAAAGGCACCAAGGGCUAUGGCCAGGAUGAGCGCGUCGGCUUCAUGUAUACGAAGCAGCAGCUCUUGGAAUGUCGUGCCGCUGUGCUCCGGGAUGGGAAAACAGUGCAGCUGGCAAGUUUGAGCCAAUGCCCGGAAGAGGAGCUGGAGACCACCUUGGUGCGAGCACUGUUGGCAGGUGAUUUGCCCCCUGCCUGGUGGUCCAAGCGAACGAUGCCGCUCAAGCGGCAAGCCUUACGCGUGGCGCUGCGUGUGGCGAACAUGCAGGCCGUUUAUGCGAUGCAACCUGAAAGCCUUCAGUUCCGGGAAGCACUGAGCUGUUAUGAACCUGAUGAUCGUUUUCUUGAAGCCACUCUCAGUGAGAUCUGGGCAGAUGGCUUGCUUGACUCCGACCUGAAGCCCGAACGUGGCAGCUUGGAAUGUGCCACUAUGGCUGCCUGGAGCUCUACAUCAGCCACUGCAAGUGCUGCACUGCCAAAGGCGGCAGAAGCGAUUGAGUGGUUGCUGCUCCGUGGUGCUCCUGCCAGCGUGCUCUUGCCCGAAGAGCCCGGCGCUUUGAAGGCUCGCAUGAAAGCCUUGCGAUUGCUACGUGAUUUGGGGCCAGUGGUUUGCCCAGCAGUCGCAGCUGCCGUUGCUGGCUGCCUGAGAGAUCCCGAGGUCAAAGGUCGUCGUGCGGCUGCCCAAAGCCUGGCGGCCUUGGGCCCCAGUGUGGCAAAGCACGCACCUAGGGCGAUACCCCGACUGCUCAGGCUUUUUCGAGAUCCGGAUCCUUUAUGUGCCGAAGACGCUGCCGUGGCGCUGGGCCACCUGGGCACGGACGCGCUGGGCGCGGCGGUGGCCGAACUGCGUUCGGCCGAGGGGUCGACUGCUGUGGGCGUGAAGGCGUUGGCGUGUCGCGCUCUGGGAGAGGCUGGGCAUGAAGCUGCAGCUUUUGGCACAGAUCUUCUGGAGCUUUUGCAGUCCGAGCACGCUGUGCUAAGAGCCAGUGCCAGCCAGGCUUUAGGUCGCAUCGGAGCCGCACACGCUGGAGACCUCUCACUGUGCUCCUUGCUGGCCCACCUGGCCACGGAAGAUCAGGAUUGCACGACGCGGGAGGCUGCAGUUACAGCACUUGGUCUUCUCGCCACCGAGGUCAAGCGCAGAAGCUCAAGGCGAGUUGGAAGUGGUACGGGCGGCAUUGGCUUCGGCAUUGGAUGAUGUUGAGACCUUUGUCCGUGAAGCCGCUGCGCUCGCACUACAGGCUGCUGCUUAGACACCAAUGAGAGCCUUGCCGCCAUUCCCCGAGUAGACAGACGCGUGACCUGGAAGACGGUGCCCAUCAUUUCACCUCAUUUCCCUACGC